AUGGAGAAGGAAGAGUGCAGUAGUAGUGAAUCCGGUUGGACGACUUAUAUUUCCUCGCCUAUUAAAGUAGAUGAUGAUGAGGUCGUGGAUGAGGACUACCAUGAAAGCUAUAACAUCUAUAGUUACUAUAGAAAAGGCGAAAACGAAGAAGAGAGGAACAAAGACAGCGAUGAUUCGAUGGCCUCGGAUGCUUCGUCUGGGCCAAAUUAUCAGCGCUUUCACCAAAAGAACAACAAAGGUAAAAGAAGAGAUGUGUUCGAUUUGAAGAACGGGAAAAGCGAAGGUAAUACUAAGAGUAAUGAUGUUGAUAUUCAUAAUCAUUAUGAUAACGAUAAGAAAACUAGUAACUCAUACAAGAAGAAAGAGAAGAAAAAGAAAGAAAAUAAGAGUACCUAUAGAAUGAGGUGA